AUGAGGAAUCUCGGUCUGGCAAUCCUGGUCGUUGGGCUGACCGUGGUCAGUUUGUGUGCUCUCAGCGAUGGAGAAAAACUCAAACAGGGGAUGGGACAGAAGAAAAAGAACAUCUUCGCCAAAGAAGCCUUAAAAAGCGUACUGCAAGAACUCAAAAAGGUGAAAUCUGUGGAAAAGAAAAAGGGCGCCUCCAGCGAUAAAGCUGUUGGGGCGACAAGUACAGAGAAGAGACAGUGGUGGUGCGCAUACUUCCCAGAAUACUGCUCAGUACAGGGUUGCGCCAGCGAUGAAUAUGAAUGUAAUGACGGUACCUGUAUCUAUGACUACUGGCAAUGUGAUGGUUGGGAGGACUGCAAUGAUGCAGGAGACGAACUAGGAUGUGAAUGCAGGGUGAGUGAGUUCACGUGCGCAAACGGCCGUUGUAUUCGUGGUAGCUGGCAGUGCGAUGACUGGGACGACUGUGGCGACGGGAGUGACGAAGAAGGAUGCUGUGAGUUUGGAGGAUGGGGCGAAUGGUCCGGCUGCAGUACAGGCUGUGGAGCAGGUCAGAGACGCAGAGAGAGACAGUGUAGCUGUGGGGUUGGUCAAUGCGACGGGGCAGAGGUCGAAUACGCAGUCUGUGACGGAGAAGACUGCUAUCCGGAAGCCAACGAAGGUUGCGGUACCCGUCAUCCUACCGAGGCAAACAGUCGUAUCGUGGGAGGCGAGGACGCCGUGCGUGGUGCCUGGCCCUGGCAGGCACAACUCUUCUUCUCCGGAUACUUUACUUGUGGAGGGACACUUGUUGAUAACAAAUACGUCGUAAGCGCAGCCCAUUGCUUCGAAGGAGAAUAUGCAGAUGCCUCCCGCUGGAAAGUCCAGCUUGGUAAGCUGUCUGCAGCAAACAGCAUCGAUGCAUCGUACGGGGAGUACGAGAGCAGCGUGACACAGAUCCAUGUUCAUGGGGACUACAACUCCCAAACCUCGGACAAUGAUAUCGCCAUCCUUGUGCUCUCCGACCCCGUACCUGACAGUACAGGAGACUUCGUUAACAUUGCCUGCCUGGAUACUCACAGCAGGAAAGUGUUUAACGAAACCUCUAAUUGUUUCAUCACAGGUUUCGGUGCCACUCAGUGGCAAGGUAACGUGGCGUCCAUUCUUCAGGAAGCUAAUGUACCUCUCAUUGGGAGGGACACAUGCAACGCAUUGAACAGUUAUAGCGGUCAAGUAACUAAUAACAUGAUGUGUGCAGGGUACCUCCAGGGAGGUGUAGAUUCAUGUCAGGGUGAUUCCGGUGGUCCAUUGGUGUGUGCAGCCAAGGAUGGUCACAGGGAUGAGGAACGAUGGUACCUUGUUGGUGUUACAAGCUGGGGUUAUGGUUGUGCCUCACCGGAUUAUCCCGGAGUCUAUACCGACGUAUCUAAGUAUGUCACCUGGCUGCAGGAAAAGAUGGAAUAGACCUUCAUCUUGCUGCCAUCUUGGUCAUG